AGUCAGUUCAUGGUUCUUUGGUCAAAAGCAUUUUCCAAAUGACAGUCAAGUUGUUUUAGAUAUCAUUCACACACCUCUCUAGACCACAAGAUCACCAGCGAUGUUACUGUGCUUACAAGGACCAACUGUUGGACUGUGUGGGACUGUCAAGGCACCUCGGUGAAGGAGAGGCUGAGCUCUCUGUGGAUGAUGAACCGCUACACCACGCUGAAGCAGCUGGGGGACGGCACGUAUGGCAGCGUGAUCCUGGGAAAGAGCAACGACACAGGGGAGCUGGUGGCCAUAAAGAGGAUGAAGAGGAAGUUUUAUUCUUGGGAUGAGUGUUUGAAUCUCAGAGAGGUGAAGUCACUGAAGAAGCUGAACCAUGCCAAUGUGGUGAAACUGAGGGAAGUUAUCAGAGAAAACGACUGCCUCUACUUUGUCUUUGAGUACAUGAAAGAAAACCUCUAUCAGCUCAUGAAAGAAAGAAACAAGUUGUUCCCUGAGUCAGACGUCAGAAACAUGACAUUUCAGAUAUUACAGGGACUGUCCUUUAUUCAUAAACAUGGGUAUUUCCAUCGUGACAUGAAACCGGAGAACUUGCUCUGCAUGGGCCCAGAGCUGGUUAAGAUUGCUGAUUUUGGACUAGCCAGGGAAAUCCGCUCGCAGCCACCUUACACUGAUUACGUGUCAACACGAUGGUACCGAGCCCCAGAGGUUCUGCUAAAGUCAAACUCCUACAGCUCGCCCAUCGACAUCUGGGCCGUGGGAUGCAUCAUGGCAGAGCUCUACACACUCAGACCCCUGUUCCCCGGCAACAGCGAGGUGGACGAGAUCUUCAAGAUCUGUCAGGUGCUGGGAACCCUGAAGAAGUCAGACUGGCCUGAGGGCUACAGCCUGGCCACCUCGAUGAACUUCCGCUUUCCAAAGUAUGUCCCAACCAGCCUGAGAUCGCUGAUCCCCAAUGCCAGCAACGAGGCGAUCACACUGAUGAAAGACAUGCUGCAGUGGGACCCCGAGAAAAGACCAAGUGCUGCUCAGGCUCUACGGUAUCCAUACUUCCAUGUGGGCCAGGCGCUCGGUGCUCCUCUGAAGUGCUCGGAGCAGCACAAGCCUCAGGCACCUGCAGAAACAAAGCCUCUGUCCCUCUGUAAGACGGACCUAGAGUCCGGCAAGCCAAAUAGGACACAGACCUGCAGCCAGUCUCUCCAGCAGCCCCCUCCGCAGAUACUGUUACCUCAGGACAACAUGGAGCGAAGCACAAAACCAGCAAUGUGUUCCUCCACGCUGACAGAGGGGCAGCAGGAACCUCUCAGCCUGGUGAAAAACAGGCAGCCGAUGAGCUGGCAGGCUCCUCCCACAGGAGCAGAGAACACGACUGGAGUGAGGACAGGACGUCGCCGAUUGGGUCAGACGUCUUUCAGGUCCGUUGACAGCUGGGAUGACGGUGAGGACGCAGAUGCUGGAGUCUCCAUCUCCAAAAAACCUACCAUCAACUCUCUGAAGGACAGGGCACUGGACGGGCCCAGCUGUCGAUUUCCAGAGUCAAAGAGCAACACAGGAGCAAAGCUGCUGAGCAUCAGAGCUGACUCCAGCACUUUGUCUGCCAAGCAGCACUACCUCCGCCAGUCCAGAUAUCUGCCUGGCAUAAAACCAAAUAACUCGUCAAUAGGAGGCCUGGUUGUUGGCAGAAACUUGUGUGGCAGCUCGUGUUUAACCAGAGGACAGAUGCUGGACUUUCCUCUAAAUAAAGACUCCUUCAUGAGCAACUCCAACGACACAAACAAGACACACACGUCCUUUUCUCAGAAGCCUGAAACAGGAUCAGCUCGACAGAGGACUGCACUGGCACCGAUAGGAGGCACCUCUGCUAUUGAUCUAAGAGUUGAUUCUAAAAUCAAAUCGUCCAAGAGCAAGACCUCCUCAAAUAAACUGCCGCUCUCAAACGAAGAACAUGAAGGGUGGAGGAACAGAUCUCAGAAUCCUCAGAUCCCUGGAUCCAGAUCUACAGGAACAAACACAUUUCCAAGGAGCACAAACAUGCAGCCAGUGCACGGACGAGUAGACUGGACCGCCAAAUACGGAGGCCACCAGUAGCACAGCAGUCUGCUCUGCUCCACCAGUGACUCAUGGGAAAAAUUCCCACUGCACUUUAGCCAGGAAAUACAGACGUCAGAGGAGAAGUGUUUCCUAGUAGUCUUUUGUUACAUUUGCCACGCUAUUAAAUAUUGUUCAGUGUUGUACUAGUGUCAAUUAACUUCUACGGUCAGUAUUUUUUACUGUAGAAAAUUAAAUACAGUAGUUAUUUUUUUUUUAUUAAAGUGGGUGAAUUUAUUAUUUUACAGCAGCAGAUACAUUUACAAACUUGUCACCGAAGCUUCGAAGCCCAAAAAAUUAUAUUUGGGACAGCCCUAGAAAAAAACAUCCCCUAACUGUAUAUGGUGUAUAAAAUCACAUAUUUGAUAUCACAUUUUUUAUACAGAA